UAUAUCUUUCUGGAACUCCCUCUGCUUAGUCCCUUUCCCUGCCAGUCAGUCUCUGCCGAACUGCACUCCAGCUUCUUGUAGCAAAAAUGAGCAAUAAAGGUUUGUCAGACGAGGCUGUGGCAGCAGUGUGUAAAGAUGGAGACCCGAUCACUAAGGAUUUCAUGAUGCAGCAGACGAUGCUGAGGGUUAAAGAUCCAAAUAAAUCCAUAGAUUUCUACACCAGAAUCCUCGGAAUGACGCUCCUGCAAAAGUUUGACUUUCCCUCGAUGCGUUUCUCUCUCUUCUUCUUGGGCUAUGAGGACAAGAAGGAGAUCCCUGCAGAUGUGAAGGAAAAAACGGCCUGGACUUUCUCAAGAAGAGCCACCCUCGAGCUGACACAUAACUGGGGUUCUGAGUCCGAUGACAGUCAGACUUAUCACAAUGGAAACUCGGAUCCACGUGGCUUUGGACACAUCGGAAUUGCAGUUCCUGAUGUCUAUGCAGCCUGCAAAUUGUUUGAGGAGCAAGGAGUCACUUUUGUUAAAAAGCCUGAUGAUGGUAAGAUGUGA